AUGCAGGAUACAGAGUGCAGGGUUCAGGAUACAAGGGUGCAGGUUGCAGGAUACAAGGGUGUAGGAUGCAGGGUACAGGGUGCAGGGUACAAGGUGCAGGGUGCAGGAUACAGGAUGCAGGAUGCAGGGUGCAGGUUACAGGGUGCAGGAUGCAGGGUGCAGGGUUCAGAGUGCAGGGUGCAGUGUGCAGGAUGCAGGGUACAGGGUGCAGGGUACAGGCUGUCUCACACGAUGGCUUCCUGUGAAGAGUUCGAGGUCACAGUUCACGCUUCAGCUGGUCCCACCUGUGGAACCUUCAGCCACCUGUGGCUCAACCUGAUUGGCUCUCAGGGGGAGACUCCGCCCAUCAACGUGAACGAAGUCGACCUGCAUCUUCUGUCUGGAUCGUCGUGCCGGGUCCGGGUGCGUAGCGAUGCUCCACUGGGACGCCUGGUUCUGGUCCGGCUCCGUCUGGAGGCUCGGACCGGAUUCCCCGACCUGGACUGGCACUGCAACCGGGUGGAAGUCAGACCGGCUGAUGGACCGACGGAGGAGGAGGGGUCCGGGUCCACGCAGGUGUUCCUCUGCAACAGGUGGCUGAGGUCAGCCGACGGUGACGUAGAACUGCACAGCGGGAAAUUGUGUUUGCUGAAGGACGAGACGGACGAGAAGCUGAAGCAGCAGCGGCUCCAACAGCUUCAUCAUCAGCAGAAACUCAUCAGGUGGAGUAAGCAUGUGGACGGCGCUCCGCUCUGCAUGGACCUGAACAGUGUGUCUGAACUCGGGCCGAACCUCAGCUACACACACAAGAGUCCACCUGUCAACCUGCUUUACCUGAAAGGCUUCGCUGGACGAGCCGAGGCCUGGAAGAGCUUCAGCGAGCUGGAGACGUUUUUCAUCCACAAUGGAAAACAGAACAGCAUCGCCAAGUUCAUUCGGGCUCACUGGACAGACGACUGGUACUUCGGCCACCAGUGUCUGAACGGCUGCAACCCUCUGCUGCUGUGUCAGACCCGCCUCCUUCCUCCACACCUGUCCGUCACCUCCGACAUGCUCCGCCCCUUCCUGCCUGAAGACUCCUCCCUGGAGGCGGAGCUACAGAAAGGGAACAUGUACCUGCUGGACUACGAGGUGCUGGACGGUGUCACAGCCAAUGAGAUCAACGGGAAGCAGACAUACCUGUGCGCUCCUCUGUGCCUCCUCCACCUGAACCAGCAGGGACAGCUGCUGCCCAUCGCCAUCCAGCUGCAGCAGAAGCCUGGACCUGAGAACCCGGUCUUCCUGCCCUCUGACCCUGGCUCUGAUUGGCUGCUGGCUAAGAUUUGGGUCCACAAUGCAGACUUCCAGUGUCACCAGUUGGCCUCCCACUACCUGAGAACCCACAUGCUGGGGGAGCUGUGCUGCGUGGCCACGCUGAGGCAGCUCCCAGACCAGCAUCCGCUGCACCAGUUGCUGAUGCCACACGUCAGGACGUCUCUGCAGAUCAACUUCCAGGCCAGAGCAACGCUGCUGGCGGCUGACGGGGUUUUCGAUAAGGCGGUGGGCUGUGGCAUGCAGGCGUUAUCGGUCUUUCUCUCCCGAGCAUCGGCGAGGAUCUUUUACCGAUCCAUGUGCGUCCCUGACGACCUGUCCGACCGCGCAGUGGACAAAUUACCGAAGAGCUACUACGCCCAGGACGCGCUGAGAGUCUGGGACGCGCUGCACAGGUUUGUGGUCAGCUGGGUGGAUCUGUAUUACAGCGGAGACAAUGAUGUGCAGCAGGACUCUGAGCUUCAACACUGGAUCACUGAAAUCAACACACACGGCUUCACACACAACUCAGGUUUCCCUCAAUCAUUCCAAACCAAAGCAGAAGUUUCCAAGUUUGUCACCAUGCUCAUCUACAGUUGCUCAGCUUUGCACGCUGCUGUUAAUUUCUCCCAGCUGGAUAUCGCUCUCUGGAUGCCGAACUGUCCGGCCGCCAUGAUGCGUCCUCCUCCGCAGGUCAAAGGAACGGUGACGGAGGACGACAUCCUGUCCUUCCUGCCGGACGUCAACUCCGCCUGUCGCGUCCUGACGACACUCAGCCUGUUGUCGCAGCCCACCGUCAACUAUGUUCCUCUAUGUCACUACAAGGAGGCUGUUUUCCAGGAUGGCGCCCCCCGCAGGCUGGUGGAAAAGGUGCAGGCUGACCUCCGGGCCAUUGCUGAUGACAUCACGGAGCGCAACAGCCAACUGGAGCUGCCGUAUCUUUACCUCUGUCCCAGAACCAUCGAGAACAGCGUCGCCAUUUAG